AUGAAAGCCGUUGUCUACACAGGCGAUAGAACUAUCACAGUUGAAGAUCGCCCGAAACCUGUUAUUUUGGCACCCACCGAUGCUAUCGUCAAGGUAAUCCAUACGACCAUAUGCGGGACUGACCUACACAUUCUCCAAGGCGAUGUCCCGUCAUGCACACCUGGCCGCAUCCUCGGCCACGAAGGAGUUGGUGUCGUCGACUCUCUAGGCGUCGCUGUGACGAACUUCGCCAUCGGUCAGCAGGUGCUCAUUUCCUGUAUUACCUCCUGUGGGUCCUGUUAUUACUGCCGCAAAAAGAUGCCAUCUCAAUGCGAAUCUGGCGGUUGGAUCCUCGGAAACGAGAUUGACGGCACCCAGGCCGAGUAUGUUCGCAUUCCCCAUGCCUCGUUCUCGCUGCAUGUGCUGCCAGGCACCAUUGACCCGAAAGUUGCUGUCACCUUGUCCGAUACUGUCCCGACUUCCUAUGAAUGCGGGAUCCUGAAUGGUGAGAUCCAGCCGGGGUCUACUGUCGCGGUAAUAGGGACAGGCCCGAUCGGAUUGAUGAGUCUCCAGUUGGCUAAAAACCUGUUUGGUCCCGCGAUGACGGUGGCAGUAGGAAGGGGUACGUCCAGGCUCGAGACGGCCAAGUCCAUGGGUGCGAAUCAUACAUUCAGUGUUCUCAAUGGACAGGAUACUGCAAUUUCUUCAGCUCUAGCAGUGACCAAGGAGAGAGGUUUCGAUGUGGUGAUUGAAGCAGUGGGCACUGUUGAAUCCUUCGAGAUUGCACAAGCUCUGGUAGGCCCUGGAGGAACUAUUGCCAGUCUAGGUGUUUUCGGUGAAUCAUGCGAGCUUCACCUGGAAAAGUUGUGGAAUCGGAAUAUUUGUUUGAGAACGAGGCUCAUUGAUGCUGUCACUACACCUGAUUUACUCAAGAUGGUGGAGGCUGGGGCCAUCGCUCCUCACUUUCUGGUCUCGCAUAGUUUUACAUUCAAUGAGAUUCACGACGCUUAUGAAGCAUUUCAAGCACCCUCUAAGCAUGGCGCUCUGAAGGUGGUAGUCACCAUGGAUGAGCCUACUAUGAAUGGUCCCUUAUAG